AUGGGGACUGACAGUGAAAACCCAGUCCUGAGGAAUGUGCUCAUCAGCUUCAACUUGCUUCUGCUGGGUGCCAUCCUCAAACCUUUCGAGUGCCGGCUGGAGGUGACAACAGAACUGGCCAAAAGGCCAGCAGUGGAUGAGGACAGUGGCCUUGCCAACUGCAGCCCACCCAUCAAAGAGCAGCCCAUGGUCUUCCACCACAUCUACAACAUCAACAUCCCCCUGGACAGCUGCUGCUCGUCCAUGUUCAAGUCUUCAGCCGAGGAGGUGAGUUCAGAAGACGACCGGCUGACAGAGUACACGGAGCAGACCUCCGACAGUGAGAGCCAGGUCACCUUCACCCACAGGAUAAACUUGCCCAAGCAGGCCUGCAAGUGCUCCACCUCCCUCCCAUCCCUGCAGGAGCUGCUGAGCAGGAUUGAGAUGCUGGAGAGGGAGGUCUCCAUGCUCCGGGACCAAUGCAACUCCAAUUGCUGCCAAGAAAAUGCAGCCACAGGGCAGCUGGAUUACACCCCGCAGUGCAGCGGCCACGGGAACUUCAGCCUGGAGUCGUGCAGCUGUGUGUGCAUGGAGGGCUGGGCAGGCAGCAACUGCUCUGAGCCCCGCUGCCCCCGGGGCUGCUCCAGCCGCGGCGUCUGCCUGGAGGGCCAGUGCAUCUGUGACAAUGACUACGGGGGCGAGGACUGCUCCCAGCUCCGCUGCCCCGCCGGCUGCGGCUCCCGCGGGCUCUGCGUGGAUGGCGAGUGUGUCUGCGAGGAGGGUUUUGCCGGGGAUGACUGCUCCCAGCUGCGGUGUCCCCGCGACUGCUCGGGGAAGGGCCACUGCGCCAAUGGCACAUGCAUCUGCCAGGAGGGCUACGCCGGGGAGGACUGUGGGUGGCUGCACUGCCCCAACGCCUGCAGUGGCCGUGGGGUCUGCCAGGACGGUCUCUGCAUCUGCGAGGAAGGCUACGAAGGGCAGGACUGCUCAGCAGUGGCUCCUCCUGAAAACCUGCGAGUGAUGGGGAUCACAGACAGCUCCAUCGAGCUGGUGUGGGACAGCCCUGGGGAAACCACCGAGUAUGUCGUCUCGUACCAGCCAGUGGGGCCAGGGGGCACCCAGCUCCAGCAGCGGGUGCCAGGGGACUGGAGCAGCAUCACCAUCACGGAGCUGGAGCCAGGCGUUGCCUACAACAUCAGCAUCUACGCAGUCAUUGGCGACGUCUUGAGUAUCCCUGUUACCUCCAAGGUGAUGACCAACCUCGCCACACCACAGGGGCUGAAGUUCAAGACCAUCACAGAGACGACAGCAGAGGUGCAGUGGGAGCCCUUCUCCUUCCCUUUCGAUGGCUGGGAGAUCAGCUUCAUCCCCAAGAACAACGAGGGUGGCGUGAUCGCCCAGCUCCCCAGCACUGUCACCACCUUCAACCAGACAGGGCUGAAGCCAGGGGAAGAGUACACUGUCACCGUGGUGGCCCUGAAGGAACAAGCCAGGAGCCCUCCCACCUCCGACAGCGUCUCAACACUCAUUGACGGCCCGACGCAGAUCCUGGUGCGGGACGUCUCCGACACGGUGGCCUUCGUGGAGUGGACGCCGCCGCGUGCCAAGGACGCCAUCUUGCUGAAGUACGGGCUGGCGGAUGGGGAGGGGGGGAGGACCACCUUCCGCCUGCAGCCCCCCCUCAGCCAGUACUCCCUGCAGGCCCUGCGCCCCGGCGCCCGCUACCACCUCGCCGUCAGUGCCCUCCGGGGUGCCAACGAGAGCCGGCCAGCCCUCGCCCAGUUCACCACAGAGAUCGAUGCCCCCAAGAACCUGCGGGUGGGCUCGCGGACACCUGCCAGCCUCGAGCUCGCCUGGGACAACAGCGAGGCCGAGGCGCACAGCUACAGGGUGGUCUACAGCACCCUGGCUGGGGAGCACUACCAUGAAGUCCUGGUGCCGCGGGACACUGGUCCCACCACCCGGGCCACCCUUGCAGAUCUGGUGCCAGGGACAGAGUACGGCAUUGGGAUUUCGGCUGUGAUGGACAGCCAGCAGAGCGUGCCAGCAACCAUGAACGCCAGGACAGAGCUUGACAGCCCCCGGAACCUCCUGGUGACAGCCUCCACGGACACGUCCAUCUCACUGACCUGGACCAAAGCCACAGGUCCCAUCGAUCACUACCGUGUCACCUUCACCCCUGCCUCAGGGAUGGCCUCCGAAGUGACGGUGCCCCAGGACAAGUCACAGCUCACCCUCUCGGAGCUGGAGCCUGGGACAGAGUACACCAUCUCCAUCAUCGCAGAGAGGGGACGCCAGCAGAGCCUGGAGGCCACCGUGGAUGCCUUCACAGGGGUCCGGCCCAUCACACAGCUCCACUUCUCCCAGCUGACAUCCUCCAGUGUGAAUGUCACGUGGAGUGAUCCAUCCCCACCAGCAGACCGCCUCAUCCUCACCUACAGCCCCCGGGAUGAAGAGGAGGCGCAGCAGCUCAUGCUCGAUGGCACCCGCAGGCACGCCAGCCUGAUGGGCUUGCAGCCAUCCACUGAGUACCUGGUGUCACUGGUGGCCGUGCACGGCGCCGUCAGCUCCGAGCCUGUCAUGGGCUCCAUCACGACAGGGAUUGAUGCACCGAAGGACCUCAGGGUGGGCAACAUCACCCAAGAGUCCAUGAUAGUCUACUGGAGCCCUCCCAUUGCUGCCUUUGACCACUAUAGAAUAUCCUACCGUGCUGCUGAAGGAAGGACAGACAGCACCGCCAUUGCCAGCGAUGCCACCGAGUAUGCCCUCCACCACCUGCAGCCCGCCACCAAGUACGAGAUUGGGGUGAAGAGCAUGCGGGGCCGGGAGGAGAGCGAGGUGGCCUCCAUCACCGUGCACACAGCUAUGGAUGCCCCCUUGGAGGUCACAGCCACCAACGUCACCCCCACUGAGGCGCUGUUGCAGUGGAACCCACCACUGUCAGAAGUGGAGAGCUACGUCUUCGUUCUUACCCGCCAUGCAGUUGCAGGAGAAACAAUUCUUGUGGAUGGAAUGAACCAGGAGUACCAGCUGACCAACCUCUUGCCCAGUACCACCUACACAGUCUCUAUGUAUGCCACCAAUGGUCCUCUCACCAGCCAGACCAUCAGCACCAACUUUACAACUCUUUUGGAUCCUCCAACAAAUCUGACCGCAAGUGAAGUCACUCGACGGAGCGCCCUGCUCUCCUGGGUGCCUCCCAUGGGAGAGAUCGAGAACUACGUCAUGACCUACAGAUCCACCGAUGGCAGCCGGAAGGAGCUGAUUGUGGAUGCCGAGGACACGUGGAUCCGCCUGGAGGGGCUUUCCGAGACCACAGAGUACACGGUGCGCCUGCAAGCUGCCCAAAAUGCCAUGCGGAGCGGCUACAUCUCCACCACCUUCACCACAGGCGGCCGUGUCUUUGCUAACCCUCAGGACUGCGCCCAGCACCUGAUGAACGGAGACACGCUGAGCGGCGUCUACACCAUCUCCAUCAACGGGGACCUCAGCCAGCGAGUGCAGGUGUACUGUGACAUGACCACCGACGGAGGCGGCUGGAUUGUCUUCCAGAGGCGGCAGAACGGGCUGACCGAUUUCUUCCGGAAAUGGGCAGAUUACCGGGUGGGCUUCGGAAACUUGGAGGAUGAGUUUUGGCUGGGCUUGGACAACAUCCACAAGAUCACGUCCCAGGGGCGCUAUGAGUUGCGAAUAGACAUGAGGGAUGGCCAGGAAGCAGCGUACGCCUACUACGACAAGUUCUCCAUUGGCGACUCCCGCAGCCUGUACAAGCUGCGAAUCGGGGACUACAACGGCACUUCAGGGGACUCCCUCACCUAUCACCAGGGCCGCCCCUUCUCCACCAAGGACAGGGACAAUGACGUCGCUGUGACCAACUGCGCCAUGUCCUACAAAGGGGCCUGGUGGUAUAAGAACUGCCACCGCACCAAUCUCAACGGCAAGUACGGAGAGUCCCGGCACAGUCAGGGGAUUAACUGGUACCAUUGGAAAGGCCACGAGUUCUCCAUCCCCUUUGUGGAAAUGAAGAUGCGACCUUACAACCACCGUAACAUCUCUGGGAGGAAGCGACGGUCCCUACAGCUCUGAGCCAGCUGAACUCCCUCCCGCCUCCCACCACCUGACCU